CCUUCUCAUAAUAAUAAACAAUAUAAUUACAUGUAAUGUAAGCCCUAUAUUUUUUAAUGAAUAGCCUUUGUUAAAUGUAGAAAGUUGAUGUGUUUUAAAUUUUGAUUCAAAAGUUACUAUAGGCUAUCUGAAACUGGUAUCUGAAACGUUAUAAUAACAUUGCUCGUUUAUUAUUAGAGAGUAUACAUAAUUGAAUGUUAACUGAAGUUGAACUUUUCUUGUCUUGUGUUUAGUUUUCUUGGUGGUCUUUAACAGUCUUUAAUCUUAAUGAAAUUUGAAAUGGUAAAUAAAUACUUUAAACGUUUAAUUAAGGAUAUAAAUAUGGGGGACGAGGACUGAUAAAUAGUCACCAAAAGCUAAAGUCUAAAGUAAAUUAAUAUCAUAAUUUAAUAAUUAAAUUAAUAUUAUUAUUAUGCUUGCUUUCUUCUACUUAAUACUAGUACUAGUAAUACUUAUACUUCAUGAUUCAUACUUUAUUAUAAUUUCGAGAAUCUCUAUAUACACUCUAUAAUGACUAUUAUUAUAGUAUAGUUAGUUUGUAUAGUUAGUAUUAUUAAAAUUUAUUAUAGUAUUUGAUUAUUGAAGUUAUAUGACAUGUCAUAGUAUAGGACAUAGGACAAAUAUUUAUUAGUACAUUAGUCAGUACUUAAAAUUAAAAGGCUACUACAAAUACUAUGACUCAGUAUGACUAUUAGUAUUAGUACUAAGUAGUAGUAGUAGUGUAUACUACUCAUACUAUUAGACCGGAGCCUAAGAUGUUACUAAAAAAUAAGCCCUAGUUUAGUCUAAGCUUUAAACAUUACUUAAACAAAAUAUCAAAAUAGUAUUAAAAACUAACUGGCUUUUGUCUUUUGUUAUGUAAGUCAAGUUAUUAUAUAUUUUAUUGGACAUUUUUUAGGCCUACCUAAUAAAACAAACUACUAUCAUUGUUUUCAUUUGGCCUAAUAAAGAGUAAAUUGAAAGUAACACCAAAACACUUGCAGCAUCAAAAUAGUGAACACAAAAGUUAAAUAAAAUACAAUUAAGAAUCAAGUUAAAAAUGUAGCCCACCAGUCUCACGAACUUAUUUUAUUCAUCUUGUAAGACUUAUUGACUGUUGCUGUAAGCUGCAUUUGAAUAGUGUUAAUGUGACCUCAUGUUAAUGUAAUUGAAAUAAGUUGUUACUAGAAUAGGCAUAAUUAAAAUAAAUAAUUUAAAUUCGGGAUCUUCCAUUAAUCAGUAGACAUAACUUAUAACCAAAGGAUUAGGUACCCGGUACCAUAUUCUUUAGGUUAGACCUUUUAUAUAUGAAAUUGAAUGAAUGUAUUUUUUUGUAUUUAGGAUAUUGAUUCUGAGUCCAGAACUUCUGAGAUGCCACCGAACGUAGCCAUAUUACUAAAUGAUGCCCAACCAGCUGAUUGGAUGGAGGCUAUCAUGUAUGUGGGGGGCAUUUUUAGAGUUUCUAUUCUUUGCAGUAUGUUAAAAUUCAAUUAUAAUAUUUUUAAAUGGCAUGGAGUUGUGCUGGACUUGAAGUUUUUGCUAUUUUUUAACUUUAAUAAUGUUAAAAAAAUACCACUCAGAGGCACUCACCUUAAAAAAUAACAGACAUCACAUACAAGUAGAAAAAUUACUAUUUUAUUUGUUGCUUAAUUAAUCAUGUGGUGCCAUGUCAAUGGCUCAAUUACAUUUAUAAUUUUGUCCUUAGUGCAGUUAAAAAUGAUGUCAUUGGCAGUGAUCGUGAAAAAAUGCAAAGUCUACAGUAUGGACUAGUUCCAAGGUAGAGAAGUUUCAUUGUUUUGUUUAUUUUAAUAAGAUUCAUUAUGGCUCUUUAUUUUAUCCUUUUAUAAUAGUUUUUUUUUUACUUCUAUGUUUAUUAAGAUUUCUGCAAGUUCAAUUUGUAGAGAUUAAACAAUGAGGUAAAAUUAGCCUAUAAUAACAUAAAGUAUUCCAAAUUUAAAUCUACUAAACUUAAAAUUCAAGCUACCUUAGGGUCCUCCAAAUAAAUGAGGUCAUGCCGCUAGGAGGGGUUCAAGAAUUCAUGACAAUGUAUCAUGGGGGUGUCAAAAUUUUGUGACAGGUGGAAAGGCAGGAUGGGGGGUGUAAAAAUCUACCAAAAUAUAACGUCAUUAUGGAUUGAUGUCCCCUAGUUACAUUUUUUUUUUCUUUUCUUUUUUUUACCCAGUUACUUUAACUUUUUUUCUGGUAAAUAACAGAAUUCUUGCUUCGUAGCAUGUUUUUCACCGAGAUGGUCUUGUAAAACCUUUCUCCAUCAAGUUUUAUUUGCUUUGGUUAGUGCCAUAGUGAGCCUUCUUAUCCCCCAAGAGAGGGGAGCUUUGGUGUUCACAUUUGUUUUUUUUCUAGGUUUUAACUCCAUCCCUUCUUAUUCAAAUAUCUUAUCCACUGCUGUGUUGACCAGCCUAAACAUAUUUCUAAAUUUUAAUACUUUUAGCCCAUUGUUUCAUGUAAGUUUGAAUACUUUCCAGACUUCUUCAAUGGGUGGAAGAUGAGGACAUAAAUGCUGAGUUAAGGACAGAGGCAGCUAUUGUGCUGGGCAGUUUGGCCAAAGGAAAUACUAGCAUUGUCAAAGAACUAGUGCAAGAGAAGACAGUUCCAAUACUACUCAAAUGUAAGACUGUAAAUCUGUACUUAAAUGCCCUCAACAGUUAAGCUGAAUGAUUUAAACACAUUUUAACAAAAACAUCAGAAGAUAAUGUCAUUUGCUACCUGGUACAUGAAUUUAUUGUUUUUACAUUUCUAUAACUAUAAUAGUAACUAUAAGAGUAGCCAAAAAUGCAUACAUCAUUCUGUUUUGUUUGUUCUUUAAAGCCAUGGCUAAUUUUAAUGUACUCUUAUUUUUAUUACAGCUCUAACAAAUCUAAGUCUGCGAUACUCAGAAGCUAUACUAAGAUGCUUACGUUCUAUUUUACUUGUCAAUACAGAAUCUAUUUCAUGUUUCUAUGAGGUAAGACUAAUUCAGAACUUUAGUCCACUUAAAUUUUACUGAUUGAAUGGGAAAAAAAAACACAUUGAGAGACUAUUGCUUUGUUUUUCAGAAAAACUUUCUAUUUCAAUUGAUUCAAUUUGAUUUAUAUGGUAGUUGAGUUUUUUCAUUCACCUCCUCUAGUUAAUCUCUCUAUCUCAGGUUCCCCAAACGGUGGUCUGCACAACAUUAGUCAAGAAACCGGGGAGGGAAAGUUACAUGUUUGAGUUUCAUAUUAAAAAAACCUCCCAAAAUUGAAAUUAUCCUUAGCAUAAAAAUAUCCCGCUUUGUAUAUAAAAAAUAUCCCGCUUUGUAUGCGUCAAGAAUAGCCUAAGAAUUUGACUGAAUCCAUGCGACCAAAUGGGAAAACACUAGUAUGCCAUACUGCUAGGCUCCUUUGAUGUCCAAAAAAAUAGUGCAAGUACCUAACGCUUAUUUUCACACAACACACCUGCACCCUAAAGGGAACACACAUCUCAACCUUAACUCACUGGCUGUAAAUUGAAAGUUUUAAAUUUAGAUUUUGCAAGAAAGAUUAUUCUUUUCAAAAUUUUGCAUACAGCAUGAUUAAAAUAAUAGUUAAAACCACCAGUUAUUUAGACAGGGGAUAGUAGAGGAUGGCAUUUUUUUCUUUAUAUGGAGGGGCAGCAUUUUUGGGCAGCUGCAGAGGUCUUUUUUGAAAAAAGGGGAAAGCAAAUAUCUUUUCUCACCUCUGGCGGCAAUAGUACUGGCUACGCCACUGAAAUCCCAUCUUGUGAAAACCUUUUGUCAACGGAGAAAGUUUUUUUGGCCUUUGACCUAAACCAGAGGUGGGUCACUGAAACGUUAAAUGAGGCCUGCAAGAACUUCCAAGAACUGGAUUAAUAUUUUUAGUAAAAUGCGCAAAUUGUGAAUGAUUAUUUGUAGGAGCCUUUGAAAAUUAAUAAUCACAGUGAAUAUUGUCAAACUAAAACUAAUACUAAUGACACAUUUUAGCAUAUUCACUGCUUAUUGGGAAUUUAAUCUUGAAUGAUUUUUUUUGAAGAUCAUCUUUAAUAUGACAUAUGCAAAAAGAUUAUCAUGGGGCCCAGCAAAGAAUAAAAUAACUGCUAUGCGGCCCUCUGGGCAAAAAGGUUGACAAUUCAUGACAUAGACUUCAGUUUUUGUUUUUAAAUAGCCCUUACAAAUACAAAAAAAAAAACCUGCUGGCAUUAAAUGGUGUUAGUUGAGUCCUAUUGAAUUGGCUGAUUACAGUUUAAAAAAUAUUUUACGACAUAGUUAAGGUAGAUAUGAAGAAGUUAAUUCAUAAAUUUUGCUCAGGUCCCUGGUGUAAUCCGAAACCAGUCCACCACUCCGCCAUAAUUAAAGUUAUGGGAAAUGCUUCUCUAGCUAACUCCAGUACAUUUUUCUUUCAUUCACCUAAUUCUCUAUUUUAUCUCUCUGGCUUUUUCCAAUCCAUUCUUAUAUUAAAUAGAUAUCUUAUGUAACGAUCAUUAGUGAUGAUGAUGUUACUUGUAAAUACAUAGUUGUAGUGUUAAUUAUCCACAUUCACAAAGUAUACGAGGCGGAGUCCAUGAAUUUAGCAUCCCGACCUUUUAUUAUAUAUAUAAAUUACACCACAUGAAAUACAUAAUACACAUCUCCGAAAUUGGAGGAAAUUAUAACUGUUAUUGUCUAUUUACUUCACAUAUGACUUUCACACAGAUCUAUUGAAUAAGUAACACGAUGCCAAGAGAUGUAUGGCAAAGAGCCUAUCUUCAAACAUAUGCUUCUAUUUUCACUUGUCUCCUUCUCUACUUCUGCUGUGCAUGACAUAUCUUAAUUAACUUCCUGUUCCUCUUAACUCAUAAAAACAAUACAUUAUUCCGAAACAAAAUUAUUAUCUAAAUAUUUGAUCUGUGACAUCUUUAAAAAAAUAUUCUUCAAGAAAAUCUCCCUGAUAAAGCACUUGUGUAGUCUUAUGUUUCUGCUUUCCUCUAUUUGACCAGGAGAAUGCAUAUGGAAGCACUUACAUUCCGCACCUGCUGAGCCUGAUCAAAUAUUCCAUUGUUUGUCAAGAAUGUAUCACUACCAUUCUGGAAAAGUGCUGCGUGGUAUGUAAUAUAAGUAUUGCAUUAUCAGCAGUUGUGUUGGCCACCAAUUCCAGAUGGUAUGCUUCCUGAACUUGAUGAUAGUUCACAGCAGCCUCCCACUACCACCCCUUACUGAAGAGAUGCAAUUACAAAACACACCCAGUUUAUAGUGUUCUGUAUAGACCACUGCUAGACAAAUUGAGCAUUUGUACGAGUCGGCACACAAGGACUGAAUGAUGUUUCAUUUUGUAUGAAUGAAAGUAAAAUAGCAAUUAAAAAUUAGGUAAUUGUCACAAUGGUUUUUUUGCUAGGUCUGAGCCGGGCACUGACCCAGAUACCCAGAAAUUAGCACCCGUCACAUACCCAGACCUGAAGAGAAAAAAACAGAACUGGGUCCAGGUGUUAAAAAAUUUAUAAUUUUCCAUAAUGUGUCUACCCAAUGGGUAGAAGGUAUAAAAACAGUACAACUUUUUUUUUUUAACAUAAAUUUGUGCACAUUUUACCUGAAUUGAUUAAAUGAUAAUAGAAAACAUCAUUAUGGAAGCUAAAUGAAACCACAAAGUUCAGAAGAUGAAAUUUUUUAAAAAUUAUUUAUCUUAGCAAGAUGCUUAUCUUUGGUUAAGACUAUGGCACUUUCUAAUAACCAUUAAUGUUCCAUUUCACAUGCUGACUGGCUGAUGAUAAUGAGUAGCCAACGUUUGUGUGUGUGUUGUGGAUCAUUUCUAAGUUCUGUCAAAAUUCAAUUAUAGUAAUUUAAUGUAACACUUAUUUAUAAAUGGAGCUAUUGGCUCAACUGAAUGAAGGCUAGGAUGGUAUUGCCAUGAUGAAGAUGUAAAUAUUACUUUAAAUAGUUUGAAUACAAUGGUAUCAGAAAAGGGAAAACUGCCACCAGGAGCACAAAGGCAAAUUUAAAAGCUCUGUGUUAUGGCAGUGGCUCUCAACCUGUAGGUCAAAACCUCCUUGGGGUCGCCUGACAAAAUGUCAGGGGUCGCCUAAGAAACAAAUGAAAUUUUAGGGGAUCGGGUGUGAAAUGUGAAUUUUUUCUUAUUUGAAUUUCCAUUUUUAAAUUUAAAUAUUCUUCACAGUGAUUGGGCUAUUUUCUUAUUGUUACUACACUCUGACCACACUACAACUGCAUAAAAAAAACUUUGAUCCUUUCGAUAGAUGUAUUCUGACAAUUUCCUUUUAUUAAAAAAAAAUUAUGUAUGAUUUUUAUUUAUUUAUAUUUUUCUUUGUUUCAUUUUUUUUUGCAUGUGUAAAACCCAGACUUUGUCCCCCUGGGUAUUGUCUCAAAAUAUUCAGACCUGGACUGGGUGUAAAAAAAACUGUGCCAUGCUCAGGCCUAGUUUCUUCAAAGUGAGAAAUAAUUCAUCAUCAUCAAUGGCACUACAGCCCAUGUAGGGCCCUGGCCUGCUCCACCAGAUCCUUCCAAUUGGAGCAAUCCAUGGCUUUCCGUCUCCAUGCUAGAACCCCCAACUGGUGUAAAUCUGUCUCCACAUCAUCAAUCCACCUCAUCCUUGGGCGACCGUUGAGUCGUCUGCCCCUAGGCUUCUGCCUGUAUAUAAUUUUGCCUGCUCUGCAUUCCGGCAUCCUUUCAACAUGACUAGCCCAGCGUAUUCUGCCUUUUUUUAUCAUUGUGACUAUGGGUGGUUCUUUGUACAAAUAGUAAAGUUCUUGGUUUGUACGUAUUAUCCAGAUAUCAUUUUCUAUCACUGGUCCGUAUAUUUUGCGGAGGAUUUUCCUCUCCCAUGUGUUGAGCAGGUUCUCUGCUUUUCUGGUGAGGGUCCAGGUCUCACUAGCAUACGUGUUACUACAGGUCUUAUGAUGGUGGUGUAUAUUGUCUUCUUUGUUCCCCUUGAUAGGUUUUUGUUUACCAGUAGCUUUUGUUAUCUUUCUUUCACCUCUGACAUUACCUCAUUGUGCUCAUUUAUAGUUGCCCCUAGAUAUUUGAAUGUGGCCACUCUCUCAAAUUUGUGGUUGUUAGAAAUGAAUUCAAAAUGCAUUAAAAAAAAAAAAUUUUUAUUUAAACCUGGGGCUUUGUGUAUGAGCUUAACUUUGAGAAACAAUAGAAUUUUACAAACAUGGUACAAAAUGACUUUUCUUGUUAUGGUCUGUCAACAUGCUCAAGUGGUAAACAAAAUGACUUUUCUUGUUAUGGUCUGUCAACAUGCUCAAAUGUAAACAAAAUGACUUUUCUUGUUAUGGUCUGUCAACAUGCUCAAGUGAUAAACAAAAUGACUUUUCUUGUUAUGGUCUGUUAACAUGCUCAAGUGAUAAACAAAAUGACUUUUCUUGUUAUGGUCUGUUCACAUGCUCAAGUGAUAAACAAAAUGACUUUUCUUGUUAUGGUCUGUUAACAUGCUCAAGUGAUAAACAAAAUGACUUUUCUUGUUAUGGUCUGUUAACAUGCUCAAGUGAUAAGCAAAAUGACUUUUCUUGUUAUGGUCUGUUCACAUGCUCAAGUGGUAAACAAAAUGACUUUUCUUGUUAUGGUCUGUUAACAUUCUCAAGUGGUACAAAAAAAACAAUGAUGAAAAUAUUUGUGUUUGUUCCUGGGUUUGAGAAACACAAGUUGAAUGCAGACCUCAUCGAAUCUUCCUUAACCCUGACUGUAGAGGAUAUGGAAAAUACACCUUUAAUAUGUUUGGCUCUUUAUUAUGAUCCUUUCUUGCAAAACUAAGUGGAGGUUUUUUGUAAUAUGAAUAAGUUAGAGAAAACUAGAGAUUGAAUGACUAUGUGUUGAUUAUUAUUUUAUUUUUCCAGACUAAAGAGCACCAGAUGUAUUUGUUGGAGAGCAACACAUUGGAUAUUUUCUCCCCUCUCCUCCUCUCAGAGUGCUACAAAGUGCAGAUGCCAACACUGAGAUGCUUUGCCAACAUGUGUUACAAAAAUACAGCUGUCUGUACAGCUAUUGUAGCAGGUAAGCAAAGAGUCAAGUUAAUGUUUUACACAAUUAUAGCCGUCUAUCAGUCCUGUUGUAGCUGUCUUCACAGGAAGAACAAUAGAUUCAAGAGUAGUUUGCAUGUUGAUUGCUGUAUUGAAAUUUAAAAUACUAACGAUACUUACAAUACUAUUGAUAUUUACAGUACUAUUGAUGUCUUUCCAAUAUAUGCCCAUGUUUAGUUUGUUAUUAAAAAAAAAACCCUACAUAAUAAAAUUCCUUUAUAUUUUUAAAUCAUAAAAAGUUGUCAAGCAACUCUACAAAUGAAUUCAUAUUGGACAGAUAGGGUUGGCAGUCUGUCAGAUGGUCGGCUAACCGAAGCUAAACGCUCAACAUAUACAUAUUCAUUUCAUUUAAAAUUCAAGCAAAAUUGUGAUAACAAAAUGAAACAAUUAGGUCACUGCCAAAAGAAAAAUGUUUUCUCCGACUGCUGUACCUGGAAAGGUUGCCAACCGCUCCUGUAUGAGGCUUUGUCCUCAUUGUAAAGUCAUAUUUCAAUUUAUGUCUGCGUUGAUUAGUCCAUUAUUUUAUUUCAGUUCCUGAUUUAGUCCCAGUCUUUGUGGAGUUGAUGGGUCGAGACAAACCUUCGGAGAUGCAGCUGGCGGCAGCCAAAGUCCUGACCUACCUGCAUCGUGGUGGGGCAAUAGAAGCCACAGAUUUUGUUAUAAGCAGAAAGGUAUUGACAUGGGUAAAAAAGCAUUGAUAGAGGUGCAUUUUUCAUAGAAUGCAUUUUAAAAGAUUUGCUGUAAACUUAAGUGUGCUUAAAUUUUUUUGUCAGCUUUGCCACUGCAUCCAUUUUUAUUCAAAUAAUUUUCAAUACCAUGUGCAUAAUGUUGGCACAUUUGAGAUAUUUGUUCCAGUGUUACAUGUUAUUUGGCAAUGUGUACAGUUGAAAUACUGUGUGCUCAACUGAGUCAAUCCCAAGUUUGUGGACUAGAGUGCAGCAAUCCCCCAGCAAAAGUACAGACAAGCAAAAAGAACACNUUUCUUAUUUGAAUUUCCAUUUUUAAAUUUAAAUAUUCUUCACAGUGAUUGGGCUAUUUUCUUAUUGUUACUACACUCUGACCACACUACAACUGCAUAAAAAAAACUUUGAUCCUUUCGAUAGAUGUAUUCUGACAAUUUCCUUUUAUUAAAAAAAAAUUAUGUAUGAUUUUUAUUUAUUUAUAUUUUUCUUUGUUUCAUUUUUUUUUGCAUGUGUAAAACCCAGACUUUGUCCCCCUGGGUAUUGUCUCAAAAUAUUCAGACCUGGACUGGGUGUAAAAAAAACUGUGCCAUGCUCAGGCCUAGUUUCUUCAAAGUGAGAAAUAAUUCAUCAUCAUCAAUGGCACUACAGCCCAUGUAGGACCCUGGCCUGCUCCACCACAUCCUUCCAAUUGGAGCAAUCCAUGGCUUUCCGUCUCCAUGCUCGAACCCCCAACUGGUGUAAAUCUGUCUCCACAUCAUCAAUCCACCUCAUCCUUGGGCGACCGUUGAGUCGUCUGCCCCUAGGCUUCUGCCUGUAUAUAAUUUUGCCUGCUCUGCAUUCCGGCAUCCUUUCAACAUGACUAGCCCAGCGUAUUCUGCCUUUUUUUAUCAUUGUGACUAUGGGUGGUUCUUUGUACAAAUAGUAAAGUUCUUGGUUUGUACGUAUUAUCCAGAUAUCAUUUUCUAUCACUGGUCCGUAUAUUUUGCAGAGGAUUUUCCUCUCCCAUGUGUUGAGCAGGUUCUCUGCUUUUCUGGUGAGGGUCCAGGUCUCACUAGCGUACGUGUUACUACAGGUCUUAUGAUGGUGGUGUAUAUUGUCUUCUUUGUUCCCCUUGAUAGGUUUUUGUUUACCAGUAGCUUUUGUUAUCUUUCUUUCACCUCUGACAUUACCUCAUUGUGCUCAUUUAUAGUUGCCCCUAGAUAUUUGAAUGUGGCCACUCUCUCAAAUUUGUGGUUGUUAGAAAUGAAUUCAAAAUGCAUUAAAAAAAAAUAAUUUUUAUUUAAACCUGGGGCUUUGUGUAUGAGCUUAACUUUGAGAAACAAUAGAAUUUUACAAACAUGGUACAAAAUGACUUUUCUUGUUAUGGUCUGUCAACAUGCUCAAGUGGUAAGCAAAAUGACUUUUCUUGUUAUGGUCUGUCAACAUGCUCAAGUGGUAAACAAAAUGACUUUUCUUGUUAUGGUCUGUCAACAUGCUCAAAUGUAAACAAAAUGACUUUUCUUGUUAUGGUCUGUUAACAUGCUCAAGUGGUACAAAAAAAACAAUGAUGAAAAUAUUUGUGUUUGUUCCUGGGUUUGAGAAACACAAGUUGAAUGCAGACCUCAUCGAAUCUUAGACCUCAUCGAAUCUUCCUUAACCCUGACUGUAGAGGAUAUGGAAAAUACACCUUUAAUAUGUUUGGCUCUUUAUUAUGAUCCUUUCUUGCAAAACUAAGUGGAGGUUUUUUGUAAUAUGAAUAAGUUAGAGAAAACUAGAGAUUGAAUGACUAUGUGUUGAUUAUUAUUUUAUUUUUCCAGACUAAAGAGCACCAGAUGUAUUUGUUGGAGAGCAACACAUUGGAUAUUUUCUCCCCUCUCCUCCUCUCAGAGUGCUACAAAGUGCAGAUGCCAACACUGAGAUGCUUUGCCAACAUGUGUUACAAAAAUACAGCUGUCUGUACAGCUAUUGUAGCAGGUAAGCAAAGAGUCAAGUUAAUGUUUUACACAAUUAUAGCCGUCUAUCAGUCCUGUUGUAGCUGUCUUCACAGGAAGAACAAUAGAUUCAAGAGUAGUUUGCAUGUUGAUUGCUGUAUUGAAAUUUAAAAUUUAAAAUACUAACGAUACUUACAAUACUAUUGAUAUUUACAGUACUAUUGAUGUCUUUCCAAUAUAUGCCCAUGUUUAGUUUGUUAUUAAAAAAAAAACCCUACAUAAUAAAAUUCCUUCAUAUUUUUAAAUCAUAAAAAGUUGUCAAGCAACUCUACAAAUGAAUUCAUAUUGGACAGAUAGGGUUGGCAGUCUGUCAGAUGGUCGGCUAACCGAAGCUAAACGCUCAACAUAUACAUAUUCAUUUCAUUUAAAAUUCAAGCAAAAUUGUGAUAACAAAAUGAAACAAUUAGGUCACUGCCAAAAGAAAAAUGUUUUCUCCGACUGCUGUACCUGGAAAGGUUGCCAACCGCUCCUGUAUGAGGCUUUGUCCUCAUUGUAAAGUCAUAUUUCAAUUUAUGUCUGCGUUGAUUAGUCCAUUAUUUUAUUUCAGUUCCUGAUUUAGUCCCAGUCUUUGUGGAGUUGAUGGGUCGAGACAAACCUUCGGAGAUGCAGCUGGCGGCAGCCAAAGUCCUGACCUACCUGCAUCGUGGUGGGGCAAUAGAAGCCACAGAUUUUGUUAUAAGCAGAAAGGUAUUGACAUGGGUAAAAAAGCAUUGAUAGAGGUGCAUUUUUCAUAGAAUGCAUUUUAAAAGAUUUGCUGUAAACUUAAGUGUGCUUAAAUUUUUUUGUCAGCUUUGCCACUGCAUCCAUUUUUAUUCAAAUAAUUUUCAAUACCAUGUGCAUAAUGUUGGCACAUUUGAGAUAUUUGUUCCAGUGUUACAUGUUAUUUGGCAAUGUGUACAGUUGAAAUACUGUGUGCUCAACUGAGUCAAUCCCAAGUUUGUGGACUAGAGUGCAGCAAUCCCCCAGCAAAAGUACAGACAAGCAAAAAGAACACCACCAACCUGGGUGGACAGGACUCGUUAACCUUGGAUGGCAACACAUCUAAGAGAAGGCAAAGUCUGAAAUCAGACCCUGAGAUGUAGUCCAUUUGGCGGUAUCACAUUGACACAAUGAAAAUUCCGACAACUCCUGCGAUGUGGAACGCAUAAAGAGCACAGUGAAACACGAACAAUCAAUGCCCCAUUUUUUCCUUGAAUUUACCAUAGCAACAUUAGCUGUGAAUGGAAAUCAAUAAUAGUUUUUUAAUUAAAUAGAACAAAAAGCAAGCUAGUUAAUGUUAAAACCUUGAGGUUUAAACUUAAGUCUGUGGGUCCCAAGCAAAAGUUGCAUGGUUCUUUGCAGCAGUCAUUUGUUCCGUUGCUGCUCAUGCACAUGAUUUAGAUGGUUGUCGAGUAUGAGCGUUCAUUAGUAAUUGUUGCGACUGAAUAUUAUGUUCAUUAGUUGUUGAACGCUUUUCCCGCGCUUGAUUCUUAUAGUUAUUAAACACUCUUCCCGCCAUUGUCUCUAUGACGUAUGUUUUAGUCGUGCGGCAGUCUUGAGUGGAACUUUGGAGUGAUAGGAUGUGUAUUAUUUAUGUCUGAUAGCGAGCUGCGCUAUAUUCACGUGUUAUGGACGUCAUAGUGAACGUUAAGGUCGCCCACGAUCACACUUGUUCCACGGAGCAGGUUGCAGUAGUCAAGUAGGUCAGGGAGCUCAGAGAGGAAGGUGGAGUUUAGGAGCUUGUUCUUCUUACUGGGCGGAGUGCGGUACAAGCAGAACAUGUUGACAGUGUGGGGCGUGUUGAGGGUGAACUGAACAAGUUCUAGAGAGGUGUGCUGGAAUGGGAAUGUGGAGGUGAAAGUCACUGGGAGGUGGCUACGAUAAAUGACAGCGAGGCCGCCACCUCGCGUAGCACGCGGAAAGGACUUAAUAUCGAAACCCGGUGGCGUGAGGUCAGCACACUUGGCAUCAUCCCCUGUUGACCUCAACCAAGUCUCCGUCAGGAACAGCACGUCAACAAAUUCGUCCUUUACGAACUCUACUAUCUUUGUUCGCUUCGCCCCGCACUUUGAGCCCACGGAUUGGCAGUUAUAGUGGCCUACUCGUAGUUGGUCUGGAAGCUUCUGGCGGCCGCUGAUGACAAUGACGUUGCUGCGCCGAAUACGUCCGGAGUCAAGUGGGACCCAUGGUACGCGCUUUGGACGAACAGGAAGGCGUUCAAACACAUCUGUCACCACAUGGAUAUGCAUCGAUUGCUGCGUCUCAAAAGACCAAUUUACUUUCAUUGUAUCUUUGAGGGCAAACUGGGGAGAAGUGGGUCGAUGCAUAUGGUCAUAUUCCCUCCCAUUUUUAAACCCUAUACCUUUGUGCAAUCCAUUUUUUCAUUUUUUGUAGACAUUGGGAACCCUGGUUCGGAUGUGUAAAAGAGAUCGGCCACUAGACGAAAAUGUCAGAGGAGCAGAGACUCUGGCCUACCUUGUGGAAGUUGACCCUGACCUUCAAAUGAUCGCCAGCAUCACAGACCAUCUGAUCAGCACACACUCCAACUACCUGCACUACAAAGAUGUCAAGAAAAUUUCUUCUGUGGACAAAAAAGUCAGUGACUCUCAAUAUUUUGAUUUUAUUUUCAUAAUUUUAAUAUGCUAUUGUAAUCAAAUUAAUUGAUUCACUAUGUUUAGUCAGAUAUGCACAAUUCAACUAACAUUAGCGGCCAUUAGUUAAAAAUAUUUCAAACAUCUAUUUAUGUUAUUCAAUAAAAAAUUUAUUUUCCAAUAUGAAGAAAUAUAUCCUAGUAAUAUGAGAAGUCCAAUGGCUUUUUUACUAUUGUUACUAUCACACAUUAAAACAGAGCUAUCGAUAGCCAAGAAUAAUAGUGUCUGGGAAAACAGCCACUUUGUUAGAGGGGUAGAUUAAUAAGACACGAACAAAUUGUGUCAAUAUAACAGUAUAAGUUACUCUUUAAUAAUAAUUAUACAUUAUACACAUUAAACGUUUCGGCACACGCCUUCAUCAGUACAAACAGAAAAAAAUAGGAGAGGGAGCUAAAACCAGACAAAAUUAAUCUAUUUUAAAGUUUUAUUGCAGUCCAACACUUUUUAUAAUGUUAGAGGAGUCCAGAGUUGAACAUCACUUAUGCCAUUAGCUAUGCCAUUAGCUUAAGACUGUCAUUAUUUCUUAUCUUUAACAGUAGUUUGAGGAUUUUUAUGGAUAAUACUUAAUUAGCAUCAAUUGAUUUGUACUGGAAUUUUUUUUACUGAAGGAAGUGGACUGGGGCAGUGAGAUGAGAA